CACGUUGAAUCACCAUAAUGAUCAGCGAUUUAAAAAGUAUAGCUCUAUUAUGUUACUUUAAUUUACAAACUAAUCACACGUGGCGCUAACUUGUAUCUCCUACUAGUGGGAGAUAGUUCUUACGGAUCUUUCGUUCUACUCGUUUUUCUUUUUCUCUCUCCCCUCUCAAUAACUACAGUUGUACUCUUCCUCUCGACUUCUCGAAGAUUUCCGCGUAUCGAGUCGAGUUCAACAUCAGUGCGUACCAUCCUAAACGUUCUCUAUUUGCAUAAAUGAUUGCAGUGUUUAGAGAAUUAACGACUACGUUUAACUAAAGUUUGCGUGUUGCUUACAAAAAAUAUUCUAACUAAAAUUUCUACUGUUUAUUCUGCCGUUGGUUCUAAUUUUUCUUUCCCUUUCGGUGCACAAGUGCGAAAAUAUCAGAUAGCGCGACGAAGUUCCAACAUCGAUGUAUCGAUACUAAAGACUCCCGCGGGCGAGGUUUUGAGACAAUAGUUUCCGAGUGAGGUUACAUGGACUCAUUGAAAUGUCGUGGUUCCUCAAACGACGGACUUACGAUUAGCUCAGACGAUGACGUGCUGCUUAUGUAUACUCGACACCUUGUAUCUUUACUCUACCCGUGCCGCAUUCCUUCGGUGCAACUGUGCGAUGUUCGAGUUAAACAGGAUACCAACGUUUCCACUUGGAGGCAACAUCCGUGAGCAACGACAUCACAAUGCGUAUGUUGCUGCCACUGAGAUUGGUUUUCGUCGCAGCAGGUCUGCUGCUGGCAACUACCAAAGCAAACAUGCACUUACAUUUGCAUUCUGAUGCUGCUCAACACUUUGCCAUUGGUGAACGUGAACAAGCAAUUGCUGGUAUUGAAGCUAGCCUUCUUUCGCUUCUUGGUUUUGCCAAACGACCAAAACCCCAAGGUCCAGCUCAUGUUCCAGAGUCAUUGAAAAAACUUUAUAUUAAACAGAAUACUAUUGGUAUGGCUGAUAUUGCCAAACCAGGAAUCCAUGCCAGAUCUGCUAACACUGUUCGUUCUUUUCAACACAUUGAAAGCGAGUUGGAUCAUAAAUUUCAGUCGCCAAAUCGUUUUCGUCUCUCUUUUGACUUAAGUAGCAUACCAUCAGGAGAAAAAUUACAAGCUGCUGAAUUAAGUCUUUCUCGUAUACCUAUUUUAAAUGGAGAUUCUGAACAAAAACUAAGUCGAAUAUUGGUGUACGACAUUUUACGCCCUGGUAUGAAAGGACAGAGUGCUGCACUAUUACGUUUAAUUGAUAGUAAACCAAUAAAUAUUAGAAAGAAUGAUACAGUCAGUUUAGAUGUUCAUCCUGCUGUGGAAAGAUGGAUGAAUGAUCCUAAAAAUAAUCAUGGACUCUUGGUACAUGUACGUGGACUGAAACAGGAACAUGUACGUUUAAAAAGAAGUGUAGAUGAACGAAACGAUACGUGGGUUGUUAGUCGUCCAAUGUUAUUUACCUAUACAGAUGAUGGCAGAUACAAGAUGUCUUCUGCAAGUCAAAUAAUGGAUCGUCGUGCUAGAAGAGCGGCUCUUCGAAAAAAUCGCAGAAAAGAUGGUCGUGAAAAUUGUAGGCGACAUCCACUUUACGUCGAUUUUGCGGAUGUUGGUUGGAAUGACUGGAUCGUUGCUCCUCCUGGUUACGAUGCUUUUUACUGCCAUGGUGAUUGUCCAUUUCCAUUGGCAGAUCAUUUGAAUUCUACUAAUCAUGCAAUUGUUCAAAACUUGGUUUACUCAACUAAACCAAGCAUGGUGCCAAAAGCUUGUUGCGUACCUACAGCACUGAGUUCAAUAUCUAUGUUAUAUCUUGAUGAAGAAAACAAAGUGGUUUUAAAAAAUUAUCAGGACAUGGCUGUUCUUGGAUGUGGGUGCCGUUGACUAUUUGCUAACCAAUUUAGUAAACUAUUUUAACAGUGAAGAAUACACGUGCAAUAAAAACGGAAAUAGUUAAAAAAGAAGCAUGACAAUUUGAAAGAAUGAUGUAAAAUUUUGUUAGAUUAAAUGGAAGGUAAAUAACUUUUGGAGAGUAUGUUCGAAUGUUUAUUAAAUGAUUGUAUAAUUAAUGCACACUUAGGAUUUUAUAUUUGUUACAAUGAAUAGUCCAAACUGUCUAAUGUGUCCGUUAUUCAUAAAAUAAAGCGAGAUCUGAAGAA